AACAAUGGAUCUAAAAUUCCAAGGUAAAAGAUGGGUUGGAAACAUAUUCCAGAAAUUUGAGGCUAUGUGCCAGGAAGUUGAUGAUUUUGUGAGCCAGGAUACAGUUAAAUAUGUUGAGAACCAAGUGCAUACAGUUGGUGACAGUGUGAAAAAAUUUUGUUCUGAUGUUGUGCAUGAUUUAAUUCCUUCUUCUUUGGUGGAACCUGGAAACCAUGAAGCUCAAGCAGUGUCUCCAAAACAAAAUGAUAGCAUCGGCACCUAUGUUAGGUCAACGAUUGGUAUUGAAGAAAAGGCUGUAUACACUGAUAUUAAUCAAUUUUCUGUGGAGCAGGAUCUGAUUGAUCCUUUAAAAAACAGUCAUGAACAAUUUAUCCAUCCGCCUUCUAUGGAUUGCAUUAAAGAAGCAGAAUCUGACUUAUCUUUGGGACCAGAAGUCAAUAAUUUGAAAGAUAACAAGUCAGAUAUUGUUCUUGAUGGAAGUGAGACAAAGGAGGAGCUGAUAGGUAUUGAAGAAAACCCUUUAUGUACUGAUAUUAAUCAAUUUUUUGUGGAGAAAGAUCCAGUUGAUCCUUUGAAGAACAGUCCUGAACAAUUUAUCCAUCUACCUUCGGCCGAGUGCAUUAAAGAAGUAGAGUCUGACUUUUCUUUGGGACCAAAAGUUGAUGCUUUGAAAGAUACGAAGUCGUAUAUUGACUUUGAAGAAAAUGACUCAAAGGAGGAUCUAAUUGAUAAAAAGGUCGACAUUGUUGAAGAAAAUGACACAAGGGAUGAAGGAAAUGACACGAAGGAGGAGCUGAUAGAUAAGAAGUCCGACAUUGUUGAAGAAAAUGACACAAAUAAGGAGCUGAUAGAUAUAAAAUCUAAUGUUAUUGAAGAAAAUGACACAAAGGAGUUGUCAACUGGGCCAGAAGAGUUGUAGUUAGUUG